GUUUCACGGUGCUGCAGAGACUCGUCAGGAUUUCAGUCCCUAAAAACCGAACAACCGGAGACUUUGUGUUCCGGCUGAUCCCCCGGUGCUCCGGUGCUCGGCUGAGCAGCGCAGCAGACGAUGCUCUGAAACGCAGAAGAAGUCUCCUGUCUUCCUCUGCAAAGACCCAAGUUCUCCGGAUAUUGUUGAGGAAACAAAAAGAGGAUUGAAAUUUUUGGGAUUUGGAUGUCAGCAUGGAGAACAUCGAUGACUACAUCUGGCAGCGCCGCAUCCACCACGGGGUUCGUCUGCAGAAAAGCGCUGUCCCAUUCCCAGAAUCAGUUAAGGUUGGUUUGGACUUCAACGCGGCUUUGGAAAGGAAGGAAAAGUUGGAUCUGGGUCUGCUCACGAACAGCGUGAUGCUGGAGAUUUGCGACUUUGCCAAAACUGUGACACACUCCGAGAUGUAUUUCUUGUUUGAAUUAAUGGACUUCAACUUUAUCCUCGGCGUGGAUUUGGACAAUGACUGGCAGUGCUACGAGUAUGCGAGGCGCGCUCACAAUAGAAUAAAAUUGGUAAAGGAUCUAUUCACGAAGAAAAGUCAUAGAUGGAAAGAGGAAUUCCUGCUACCAGAAAUAAGCUCCAUACUGGAGACCACUGCAACUGAGCAGCCAGGAUGCUACUUCCCUAAAAGAAACCGAAUGGUUGAUAUUUCGGUACUUACUGAUCGCAGCAGGGACUCUACAGAACUUCAGAAGACAAAGAUUAGUGAUGGCACUUCAAUGAUGAAUACACUGGGAGGACUUGGAGUCAAAGGUGUAUAUUGCCCUAACUGUAUAGAGCUCGGCGUGUCUCUGUUUGUACGACCAGAAGACGGGCCCCAAGAGAAACUCGUCCCAAUUCUACUAACCAACCGCAUGAUGCUUGAACUGCUCAACUUUUCCCAAGUUCUUUGCGGAAAUCACACCAGGAUAGUUCACGACUUGAUUAAGCAAAACUUCGGCCCGGAGUUGGAUAGAAGGCUCUUCCGUUUGCAUUUACCCUGGCUGUUGGAGAGGAAGAACGCCUGCCAAACAACCGAGGACAAGGAGGCUUUCCGAAAGGAGACUUUUGUGAUCCAGACCAAGCCAUUGAAGCCAAAGCGCAGAAAGCGAAAAGCCACAGAUUACCAUACCUUGGAAGAGUUUGUGUUAGGUAAGCGAAGAGAAACACUCAGACUUGGUGAUAGUAACGCUGAGAUUUGUCAGGAUUUGUCGGGUGACCUGUGCCGGGUUUUCUGUGAUACGGAAAUGCCGUUGGAGUCGGAGGCAGCAUCAGAGAAAAUGGUGUCUGAUGGUUGUUCAUCAGAAGCAGGUUUGUCUCUGGAUGUAAAGCAGGAGGAAGAGGAAGCUUUUGUCUCUCAAGUGAAGCCUCUGACUUCAACCCCUAUUUGGCCAGAUCUGUAUAUUGAAGGAAAAAAUGAGGACAUAAAAGUUAAAACACACAAACAAAAGCUGUGGUUGAGGAGGACUGAUCGCUCUAAACAAAUCCUGAAGUCUAGCAGAGUAAACGACAUGUUCGCCCGCUCCAGAGAGAUAGGUUUAGACUUUAACGUGUGCUCGGGUCACAAGCAGAGCCUGGAUCUACGACUAUUAACCAACUACACGUUGUGGGAGGUUUAUAGAUUCUGUACAAAAAUGUCGAAGAGUUUACGCUGUUUCAUAAUGGACGUUUUGGACAAGAACUUUAACCUGGUCCUCCAAGAUAGUUUGCAUGAGCGCAACUUUGUAAGUUAUCUGAUGACUAAAGAGAAGUUCCUGCAGAACCACCCGGACGGGCAGAAGACUGAGUUUCUAAACAGUCCCUUUCAGGUCCUGGAAGUUUACAACAGGGUUGAUAUGACCAGCGAUUUUCAAACUGGACAGGAAGUUGAGACACUGCAGGAGACUAGCUCGGAUCCGAACCAGGUGGAAGAUAUGGAUCCAUAUCCAUUCUGUAAACACAUAGGCCUCAAUCUUUGGUCGACAGACGAACGUCCAGCAGGCCGGAAGAUGGAUUUGACGUCCCUGACCAACGGAGCCGUGAUUGAAAUCUUUGGUUUUGUCAGAGAGUUGUCUAGCUCGCCCCACAGGAUGGUCUACGACAUUCUGGAGCACAACUUUGAUCUGGAUCUGCAAAGUGGAGAAACCACAGCGGUGCAGGCGAUCCAGAGAUGGAACAGCACACAGAAAAGCUUGAGAUGGAAAAUGACAUCACAGAGGAUAUUAACCUGGUUAAACGCCCUCGUCCCGUUGAAUGCCCCUGCAGAGCCAGAACCAGAACUACCAGCUUCCGACGAACUGGAGGGUCCGGAACCAGAAGAUGUGAAGCAAGAAAAGGAGGAUUUAAAUGGAGGUUUUGAGAAAAAGGUCUUCAGCUAUCGCAUAUGUGAAGAAAUAGGGUUAGACCUGAACAUCCGAUCGAAACAAGGACCCAAAACAAAACUUGAGUUGCAAACGCUGACGAGGGGAGUCCUCUUUGAGAUGCACCAGUAUGUGAGACAAAACUGCAACCGGUACGUCCCCGCUCUGUACGAGAUUCUGGAGUACAACUUCGACCUGAGCUCGCAGAACCAUCGGAAAGUAGAGUUCGCCUGGUCCCUCGCCUCCCAGGUCAUUGCUAUAGCGGGUAAACAUGGCCGGAAGGGAGACUAUCUGAACAAAGCUAUCGAGCUGCCUGUUGAAAUCACUGAGUCUUCGCAGUUCGUCUGCAAAAAAGAGCCCAAAGAGGAAUUCAUCAAGGUAGGCCUUAACGAUGACAAUGACAUUGUGUUUGUCCAAGAGCUGAAGCCUGUAGACAUAGACGUGGUGAUAGACUAACCUCGCUGCUCCCGUAGUGUUCAGGUUGGAAUCAUUAGCCUUGUGAAAUGGCAGACAUUUGAGUCUGAAAUCCAAGAGGACGUCUUUAUUUCUGGUUGCGUCGAUUCGCCUGAAUGUAAAUAUUGUAUACGUGUCUCUCAAACCUAAAUUCAUUACCUUAACGGUAAAAAGGAUGGAUCUGGCUUCAUGUCAAACAACUAACAACUCUUGUAAUCUUGUCAGUAUUUAAUUGUAAUACACAUUUUCUGUUGAUGAAACAAUUUAAAGAAAUAUACGAGUGAUUUAAUUGCGGCUCAUAAUUGUUAGCUGUCACUAAUCAGGAGUCACCGCCACAUCCAACAAAAUCAAGCUGAACGUACAGGUGGAUUAUGUUUCCUGGAUGUACGAUUUUAUUUGUCUUAUUCUGUCUCUCAGAAAUUAAAGUAUCUUUAAUAUCA